GGCGCCUGCGAGGGCUCGCCGCGGAGCGCGCGCGCGCGGAUCCCUGAAAGGAGGCUCAGAUGAGCCCCUGCUGACUUGAGAGAGAGAGAGAGAGAGACCACGCUGAUUGCUGAGAGGAACUGGAAGGAGGAAAAAAAAUCCCCGAACUCAGAAGAACUCCCUCACCAUGAGCAGCGCCGUGCUGGUGCCUCGCCUCCCCGACCCCAGCAGCAGCUUCCGCGAGGAUGCCCCUCGACCCCCGGUGCCCGGGGAGGAAGGUGACACCCCGCCUUGCCAGCCUGGGGUGGGCAAAGGCCAGGCCGCCAAGCCCACACCUGUGUCCUCCAACGCCCGGCGCAACGAGGAUGGCCUGGGGGAGCCGGAGGGGCGCGCGUCCCCAGACUCCCCUCUGACCAGGUGGUCCAAGUCCUUGCUGUCCUUGCUGGGCGAUCAGGACGGUGCUUACCUCUUCCGGACUUUCCUGGAGAGGGAGAAAUGCGUGGAUACCUUGGACUUCUGGUUUGCCUGCAAUGGGUUCAGGCUGAUGAACCUGAAGGAUUCCAAAACUUUACGAGUGGCCAAAGCAAUCUACAAAAGGUACAUCGAGAACAACAGCAUCGUCUCCAAGCAGCUGAAACCCGCCACCAAGACCUACAUUCGAGAUGGUAUCAAGAAGCAGCAGAUCGACUCCAUCAUGUUCGACCAGGCACAGACCGAGAUCCAGGCGGUGAUGGAGGAAAAUGCCUACCAGAUGUUUUUGACUUCUGAUAUAUACCUCGAGUAUGUGAGGAGUGGGGGAGAAAACACAGCUUACAUGAGUAACGGGGGACUGGGGAGCCUGAAGGUGGUGUGUGGCUAUCUCCCCACCUUGAAUGAAGAGGAGGAGUGGACUUGUGCCGACUUGAAGUGCAAACUUUCACCCACUGUGGUUGGCUUGUCCAGCAAAACUCUGAGGGCGACAGCGAGCGUGCGGUCCACAGAGGCUGUUGACAAUGGAUACAGGUCCUUCAAGAGGAGCGAUCCUGCGAACCCCUAUCACGUGGGUUCCGGCUACGUCUUUGCGCCGGCCACCAGCGCCAAUGACAGCGAGAUCUCCAGCGACGCGCUGACGGACGACUCCAUGUCCAUGACGGACAGCAGCGUAGAUGGAAUCCCUCCUUACCGCGUGGGGAGUAAGAAGCAGCUCCAGAGAGAAAUGCAUCGCAGCGUCAAGGCCAAUGGCCAAGUGUCUCUACCUCAUUUUCCGAGAACCCACCGCCUGCCCAAGGAGAUGACCCCCAUGGAACCCGCCACCUUCGCGGCGCAGCUGAUCACCAGGCUGCUGAAGCUGAAGAUGGAGAUGGAGAGCCGGCACAGCCUGGAGGAGCGGCUGCAGCAGAUCCGAGAGGAUGAAGAGAAGGAGGGCUCUGAGCUGGCGCUGAGCUCCAGGGAAGGGGGCCCCGCCCAGCACGCCCUCUCCCUGCUGCCCUCCAGCAGCUAUGAGGAGGACCCACAGACCAUCCUGGAUGACCACCUGUCCAGGGUCCUCAAGACCCCCGGCUGCCAGUCUCCGGGUCUGGGCCGCUACAGCCCCCGCUCCCGCUCCCCGGACCACCACCACCACCACCACCACCAGCAGCAGUACCACCCCCUGCUCCCCGCCGCGGGCAAGCUGCCCUCCGCGGCGCCCUCGUCCACCGGCUGCCCCCUCCUCGGAGCCAAGGGCUUCGUGACCAAGCAGAUGACCAAGCACGUCCACCACCACUACAUCCACCACCACGCGCUCCCCAAGACCAAGGAAGAGAUCGAGGUGGAGGCCGCACAGAGGGUGCGCUGCUUCUGCCCUGGGGCCGAGUACUACUGCUACCCCAAGUGCAAGAGCCACCCCAAGGCACCCGAGCCCGUGCCCGUGGAGCAGCUCGCUGUCCAAAGCGCCAAAAAGGCCUACCCCUCGGAGUCCGCCCGCGCGUCCCCCGCCGAGCGAGCCGGCCGGCACCAUCUGUGGGGCGGCAGCAGCGGGCACCCCCGCACCGCCCCCCGCGCCCACCCGCUCACCCAGGACCCUGCAAUGCCUCCCCUGGCCCCACCCAACACCCUGGCGCAGCUGGAGGAGGCCUGCCGCAGGCUGACCGAGGUGUCGAAGCCCUCGAAGCAGCGGUGCUGCGAGGCCAGUCAGCAGAGGGACAGGACCCCCUCGGCCACUGGCCAGACAGGAGCCACGCCCUCCUCCGACCCAAGCCCGGCUUCAGAAGACCACAAAGAGCCAAAGAAGCUGGCGGGUGUCCACGUGCUCCAGGCCAGUGAGUUGGUCGUCACUUACUUUUUCUGCGGAGAAGAGAUUCCAUACAGGAGGAUGCUAAAGGCCCAGAGCCUGACCCUGGGCCACUUUAAAGAGCAGCUCAGCAAAAAGGGAAAUUAUAGGUAUUACUUCAAAAAAGCAAGCGACGAAUUUGCCUGUGGGGCUGUGUUUGAGGAGGUCUGGGACGACGAGACGGUGCUCCCGAUGUAUGAAGGCAGGAUCCUGGGGAAAGUGGAGCGGAUCGACUGAGCCUCUGGCCCAGCCUCGGGAGCCGAGGACGCCAGCGCCCACGCCACGGGCUCGGACCCAAGCGGCCGCCACAGAAACAUGUUGAAGGAAAACUAAACCAAUGAAGAAGACACAGUCUGGGGCCCCUGGGCCUUCGGGAGGGUGGGGGGAGGUCGGAUUUCAUGACUCACGAGCUGGGUACUGGGAUAAGAAAAGGCUGAACUAUUUAUUACAACCAUGACCACUCUUGGCGAUUGGAGGUGCAGACUGUACUCAAGAGGCCGCCCUCAUCACAGAGGACUUCCUAGGGCUCUGAAAUCCAUAAACUAAGAAACUGUAUAGCUUACCUGGACAGGAAUCCUUACUGAUAUUUAUUGAACAAUUGAUUCCCCCACCCCCAGUUUAUGGAUAUGCUGCUUGGAACACGGAAGGGGAAGAGAAGGUAAUCGUUCUGUCUUAAACUUAGGAGCUGAGCUAGGAGUGCACUCGUGAUUGCUUCGUUCAAAGAAGAAUCGUGCCCCGUGUCUCUCCAAGCGAAGAUAAGCUUUUUGAGAUGCUGCCCCACCAUCAGCCAGAAUCGGUGCAUUUUUCUUUCUAGGCUGCUCAGGGUCUUGAGGGUUGACUUGGGUUGCCACAUGACCGCCAUUUGGGGGUUGCCAUGUAAGCCGGGAGCAUCCAUUGUGGUAGCAGAGGGUGUGGUGGGGUGGGGAGCAUUCUUGGGGAGGGGGGCCCAGAGUCAUCCUGUAGCUUCCCGGAGCUCCCAGCCAGCGAGGCCCCCCCACGCAGUGGCCAAGGCCGGCUGGCUCCUUGUGGUUCACGCUUGUGCUUUGUGAUUGAAGUAACAGGUCCUUGGAGUUUCUUGAGGUUUUUUUUUUUUUUUUUUUUUUUUUUUUUUUUUUUUUUUGGUUUUUAAUGGAUCAUUGGACCACAGCCGUUCUGUAAUCCAGCCCCCUGCCCCGCAGAGAGGCCAGCAGUUGUGGGAAGACCUAGCAGCACCCUUUCCUCCAGACCCCUUCAUUUUGACGUUCGGGUUUUUGUGUUAAGUUAAUGUGUACAUUCUGUUUGCCCUUGUUCCUUGUACUAUACGUCUGUAUAUAUCGUACGGCAAAAGAGUAUUAAUCCACUAUCUCUAGUGCUUGACUUAAAUCAGUACAGUACCUGUACCUGCACGGACCCCGCCGUGUGUCGCCCUAUAUUGAGGGCUCAAGCUGUCCCUUGUUUUUUGAAAGGGGUUUAUGUAUAAAUAUAUUUUAUGCCUUUUAUUACAAGUCUUAUACUCUGACUUUUGCCAUGGCAUUUUGUUCUACUUAUACUGUAAAUUAUGCAUUAUAAAGAGUUCAUUUAAGGAAAAUUACAUGGUACAAUAAUUAUUGUAAUUAAGAGAUGUAGCCUUUAUUAAAAUUUUAUAUUUUU